AUGGAGUUUUCACUCUUCCAAUACAGGGCUUUGUCUGGGACAGGUUGUAUCCGCCUCGCCAGCAUCCUUCCUGAUGAGCGGGGAGCGGAUGUUAAACUUGAGCUCGAGCAUGCCGAUUUGGACUCGGAUCUCACAUACGAGUGCUUGUCGUACGCUUGGGGCCCGGUUGAUCAUGACCUGUCCAUCACACUGAAUGGCUCUUCAUUCUUGGUCAGCUCUACUCUGCACAUCGCGCUCGAGCACCUUCGUUACGCGCAGCAAAAGCGCAAGAUCUGGAUCGAUGCUAUUUGCAUCAAUCAGGCAGACGUUGAAGAGCGAAGUAAGCAGGUCGCAAUCAUGAAGCGAAUUUACCAAAAGGCGACGCGCGUUGUUGUGUGGCUCGGGCCAGCAACAGAGUCGAGCGAUCAGGCUAUGAAGUUCUUGAAAAUGAUGGCUACAGCCAAGAAAGAAUCGGGUCGAAGAAUCCUGAAAAGAGGCCAUGGCAGGGUGGCUAGCGACACCAGCUCCGAUGAAGAAGAAGAACAUCGCGUGCCAUUCACUGAAAGAAUUUCUUCGACAUCAAACGACAUCGAUGAAGUAGCGGAUUUACAAAAUGAGAAUGCGAGUACGUACUCACUUGAUAAAACAGUUCCUCAUGACCGGAGUCAGGAAAAGGAAAAAGGCCCGACCAUCGCGAUGAGGCUGAUUGACUACUCCGUUGGACUUUUGGAACGACUUCUAGACCAGACUUUCUUCCGCCAGUACCAUAACGCACUCGCCACCGCGGAAGCUACAAAGAACAACUUUGUCGUUACAGGCUUUCCCGUACUUGAUGACAUCUCCCGCGACUCUCGGAUGCGAUAUUUCGAGAAUGAAUGGGAGUCACACUGGCAGGCCUUGGAUGACUUACUCGCUCGCCCUUGGUGGGGCCGGACAUGGAUUGUGCAGGAAGUAUGGAGUGCAUCAAAAGUAUUGAUGCAAUGCGGCGACCACACAAUCAAAUGGAAGAGGUUUCGGACAGCUAUGGAUUACUCCGAGGCAUGGGAUAAUAUGGGAGAUGCGGUCAAAGGGACGAACAGAGGGCAGCAUUGGGAAGCGCUGCGACGACGGUACACACUGGCGAUUAAUCUUGCCAAGGCAAGAGUCAACGGUAGUACGCUGUCGACACUGCUCGUGACUACCUGGGAUCGCGAGUCUACAGAUCCAAGGGAUAAGGUAUUUGCCAUGCUGGCUUUGGUCGGCGAGGCUGAGAAUGUCUCACUGAUACCUGACUAUAGCAAGUCAAUGGAGCAGGUGUACCGAGAAGUUGCACGAGAGAUCAUAUUCAAGCAGGGUCAGAUGGAUAUCUUGCUUGCUGCGAGCGGUGUCGAUAGUGCUGAUGGCAUACCAUCCUGGGUGCCUGACUGGCGAUGCGAGACCGCCGCGAACAAACCAAGCUUGCUUGUCAAUCGACAUCUCAUGAUGAAGCUCUAUUACACAGGAUCUAUGGACAAGGUGGUGCUUAAUGGACAUGGGUACCGAGCAGCCGGAGACUCUGAGGUCUUCGCUUCCUUCAGUAAUGAAUUGAGCGUGCUGACAGUAUUGAGUAAGAGAUUAGAUAGAGUCGCAGAGGUUUGCGACGCGAAUAUUGCUGAACUGCAAGAUCACGACUUCACAGAACGGGCUUUUGACUUCAUCCUACAAUCCGAAUUCGUGUCUGAGAAGACAAAGCGCAAGGAGUCCUAUGCGAGGAAUCACUCCGAUGGAUCAAAAGUCGCCUCUAUUCUACUCACGACGCUUACUGGUGGCGGCAAAAUCAAGGACGAUAGAUGGGCACCCACCAUCAGGAAUAUUAUGCGGCAACGCCGAUUAUUCGUAUCGCAAGAUGGGCGCCUGGGGAUCGGACCAAAAGCUGCUCAACCAGGCGACGUGAUCUUCAUUAUCUCGGGUUGCAACUUCCCCAUUGUGUUGCGGCCUAGAGAAGACAAAUUCGCUGUGGUUGGCGAAGCCUAUAUUCACGGACACAUGAGUGGUGAGAGCCUAGCUUGUCCGUGGUACAGACUUUGGCCCAGCGAUUGGGAAGAAAUCUCACUCCUCUAG